AUGCUACCGUCGGCAUUGUUGGCGGCAUGCUUGGUCCCGGCGGCUUGGGCCCAGUUUACGCGAGUUGAUUAUACCGGGAGGAAACACUCGUCUGUGGCGGUCGUUGAUGAAUAUCUGUUUGUACACGGAGGAGAGCCGCAGGGCAUAAACGACACUUCGACAUUCGAGACCACGAUACUGCACCUCAAAGACUCAUGGCCGGCCAGCAGCCCGACGCAAGCGCCGAUAAACUGGCAGGAGGCCAACGGGACCCGGACCACGGUGCGGCGCAUGCUCGGCUACCGGGUCUGGGGCUACAGGCUCUGGAAGGUGACGGGCUCCAACUCGCUCCUCAGCUGGGGCGGCUUCCGAACGUCGUCGCAGACCUCGGGCGCCUUUGACGCCGGCGCCACCCUCAACCGCAACAUCUGGACCCUCGAGACCGCCGCCGACGGCGUCGCCAAGUGGGAGCAGCAGGUCCGGCCCUCCGGCGACCAGUUCACGGCCGACAAGAAGGCCGGCCAGUGGGGCCCCGGCUGGGGCUACAGCGUCUCAUGCGCCGGGUACGGCCUGUACCUGGGUGGGCUGACCAGCGCCGGCAGCGGGCUGAGCGGCGACGACGCCGGCAACAGCAGCCCGUUUCGGUCGGACCGGGACGCCGGCCAGUUCACCCCGGGCCUGGUGACGUACGACAUGGCGUCCAGGGUGUUCAAGCGCGAGGACGUGCCCAAGUCGGUCGUCUCGGGCGCCAUGGCCGGUGGCCAGGCGGUUUGCGUCCCGCACCUCGGGAAGAAAGGCCUGGUCGUGUUCAUGGGUGGGUACAGCGCGCCCGACUUCACCGAGCUGAGGAGCUUGAAGAGCGGCGGCGGGUCGACCGCGGUCUCGUUCGACCAGCUCAUCUUUUACGAUCCCGUCGACAGGAAGUGGGCGACGCAGAAGGCCACGGGAGAUAUCCCCGAGGCGAGGUCCAGCUUUUGCGCGGUUGGCGUCAAGGGAAAGGGGGAUAGUUUCGAGGUCUUCGUCAGCGGCGGCGACCUCUCUCCGGACCAGGGCAAGGACACGCCGACCAUCUACAUGCUCUCGAUCCCGGCCAUGAACUGGUGGCGCAUCUCGCAGCUCGGCACGCCCGUCUCGGGCCACGCGUGCGAGGUCAUUGGCAAGCGGCACAUGGUCCAGGUCGGCGGCAGCCCGCCACCCAGGAGGAAUGGACAGACCGACACCCCCGCCGGCAGCGGCGUCACCCUGUUUGACAUGACCAAGCUCCAGUCGGUCAGCCAAUUCGAUCCGGCGGCGGCCGACUACGAGACGCCGGGCCUCGCGCAGACUUGGUACGCCGAUGCCAACAACCUCAAGGGGGUCGAGUGGACUGAUGCUGCGACGGAGGCGUUGCUGACUGGGAAAUCAAGCGGCACCACGCCAGACGGCCAAGGACAAACCAGUUCAGCACCCAGCAGCAGUGGCCCAUCAGCAGCCGUCAUCGCCGGUGCGGUCGUCGGGGCUGUCGUAGUCGUGGCUGUAAUCGCCCUGCUAAUCUUCUGCAUCCUCCGGCGGCGCCGCCAGAAUCGCACCGAAAGGGAUGCCCUCCUCACCGGCAACGAGUCUGCGCCUGCCCCUGCGUACUCUGACAACACUGGCGUCGGGGUGGGACUUCACAAGGCCGAAAUGGACGCCGCCGGUGCUGUCAAGGUGGAGAUGGACACGGCGUCCUCGGCUGUCGCGAGCCCCGAGCUGGACGGGGCCACCCUCGCGCGGUCGGAACUCGACAGCCGCACGACCACGCCCGUCGUCAGCAGCAUAUCGCCGGCGGAGCUGCCAUCGUGGCCAAGACAUCAGGUGGCGGAGCUCUAUGGAAGCCCCAUCCCGGAGAUGGAAGCGGCGCCCAUGACGGUUAGGGGAGAGCAGCCGGGGGAUGGGCAGAAGGCGAUAGUGGAUAGGUAG